UCAUUUUACACCACCUUUGCCCCUUUGACCAUUUUUGCCUACCUUACUGCUUCUCCAUUUUCUCUCCAUCUUUCUUUUUCAAACCAUUCAACUUAAGCUCUAGUAGUUGUCCUCAACAUCACAUUCCUCAAACAAAAUACAAUCUAAAAUUAAAGCAUAUAACAAGUGUGUUUUCUUCCUUCAUUUUUUGGUGUGAAAAAUGGUAAUGGAAGGAAUUCAAGAAGAUGUAGAUGAAGGAAAUAUACAAUGUAUAAACCAUCCUUAUAAAAACAGUUCACCAGGUGGAAUCUGUGCUUUUUGCCUUCAAGAAAAACUCGGAAAACUUGUUUCUUCUUCUUUUUCCUCUACCAUUUUCCCUUCUUCUACUUCUCCUAUUUCAACUCCUUCUUUUAGAUCUGAUUUUGGUGUCACUUCAACUACAACUUCAGCCUUACAAAUCCCCACAAAUAACAACAAAAAUACUACUGAUUGUAAUACUAACUAUCAUCCAUAUGAGAAUAAUAUGAGGAAAUCAAGAAUGCAGUUUUUGUUGAGUCAGAAGAAGAAGAAUAGUAGUAAUAUUAUGGCAAGUUCUGGUUCAGAUUCUGGUAUUGUUUUUAAGAGAAGUAAGUCAACUACAACCCCUAGAAAUCAUUUGCAUUUCUUGGAAGCUGAAGAUUAUGGUAUUCAUAGAAAAGGGUUUUGGUCAUUUCUUCAUUACUCUUCCUCAAAGCAUUAUUCUUCAGGAUCAUCUCAGAAUGGUUCCAUAAAAUCAAGGGAGAAAAAGAAAGAAGAGAUUGUAGAAGUGGAAGAAAAUGAGAGUCCUAAUGAGUCAACAUUUGACAGAAAAGUAGCAAGAUCCAGAUCUGUUGGUUGUGGAAGCAGAAGUUUUUCAGGUGAUUUAUUUGAGAAAAUCUCAACUGGUUUUGGAGAUUGUACUUUAAGAAGAAUUGAGUCACAAAGAGAAGGAAAACCAAGAUUUUCAUCUGUUAAUCAUAAAGAAAGAGUCAAUUGUGGAGGAAUAUUAUCUUAUUUGGUUUCUUCUGAAGAAAAUUUGCAUGGAAAAUCUCAUAAUAUUGCUAAUGGAAGAAGUAAGAAUUGGGGUUGGGCAUUAGCAAGUCCAAUGAGAGCUUUUAGUAAAACAUCAUCAAGUGGAAAAAGAGAAGAUUCAAACAAGAAUGCUACUCCUAAUUUGGCUGCAAUUCCUUCUUUGUUGACUGUGAGCGGCUAAAAUGUUGUCGCAUUUGUGUCGGAUCCUUCAAAAUAUUCACAAGAGACUACUUUUACUUAUGUUGUAUGGACUCUCCAAAAUGCUGCCGCCCUCGUAUCCGAUCUACUAAAAGUGCACUACUUUGCAGGAUUCAACACGCAUCCAGCAACAUUUUCGUAGAGUCCGAGUUACAUGGAUUUUCCAAAUGCUGCUGCACUUGUAUCGGAUCCUCCAGAAAUACACGACUUUUGCAGGAUCCGACAUGCAUCUAGCGACAUUUUUGGAGAGUUCGAAUAACAUUGAUUUUCACUAAGUAACUACUGAUACUAUUACAUAAAUUUGAAUUUUUCUUGUCCAGAACCCUGAUGAUUUUGCUGUCAAUUGAUUUGCUUUGGUUGGAGAAUUUUUCCUGUUGUUGGAUGCAAGUUUUUUGUAGUUUUGUAGGGAGAAAUUCCCAAAUUAAAAGGAGUUAAUAUUAUUUAUUUAUUUA